GUUGAGAAUUCUCAAACCUACCAGCUUCUACACAAAUCUGAAGAUCAAGUUGAGAAUUUUCCUUUCACCCUAACCCAAACCAUCAGACAGAUUCAAGAAUCCUGACUGCUCAUUCUGAGGAGUUAUCACCUUUUUCAAAAUUCUGGACUUUAUCGGCGGAGUAGCUUAGUUCUCGGCUCGAGAUCUUCGCCACACAGCUCGAUCAGCUCGUGGACAAAGCUAAUCUAUUCACUCUUUAGGUGGAGUACUAGUAGAAGACACCAAUCAUUGUGCCACUUCUAAAGCUAGAAGUCUGUUUUCUCUUCCUGGUCCUCUGCUUGCCACUUGCAUUGUCGUUUGACAGAACAACCAUAAUAUAAUGCAAGCCCUAGCAGCCAAACAGCGCGGAGUAUACAGCGAUGUGUUACAGCUUCAGCAUGUGGCCGAUGCGAAACAAGAUCUGCAGUCUCACGAUGUGCUGAUCAAGCUUGCGUAUGCCGACUUGAAUCCUGUCGAUCUUCAGAAAUUGGCCAACGGCCCCACAAUCGAAGAUGUGUUUAUUCCUGGAUACGGAGGAUCUGGGAUUGUGGAGCACGUGGGAAGCGCCGCGCCUCCCCACUUGAUGGGAAAGCAAGUAUGUUUCUUGGCGGAUCCCAAUCGCAAAGGAUCCUAUGCCAGUUACAUUGUGGUGGAUCAUCGAUGUGUCUGCGAAAUUCCCUCCUCCAAAACGUCCAUUGAACUACGGGAUGCGGCUUCCAUUCCCGUGGCUGGACUCACUGCCUACGAGUGUCUGGUCAAACUCGGAUUGGCCGCCGAUAUCCACGUCAAAGUCCAACAAGACGGACAUGUCGAGUUGGAAGGCGUGGGACUACAAAACAAGCAACAAGAAGCCAAUUCCAAUCAAGCCGACAAAUCACUACUCAUUGUGGGAGCUUCGGGAGGCGUCGGCAGUUGGUUGCUCACGUUGGUCAAGGCGUGGCAUCCCAGUAUGGAAAUCAUCGCCACGGCGUCGCCGCAAUCAGAAGAAUGGUGCAAGUCCUUGGGAGCCACCAAGGUUAUUCGUCACCAUCAAAUUGAUCAAGUCCUAAAGGGUGGUAAAGAGGGAUCAGUGGACUAUAUUGUCUCCUUGACCGAACCGACGCAAACGCUCUUCAAAUCGUUGACGGAAGUUGUCAAACCCUAUGGCAAAAUUGUGCUUGUCGUAGCAGGAAAAGGCAUUGAAUCUUUGAACCUGGGAUUCUGUUUCUUCAAGUGUGUCAACGUAUACACCGAAACAGUCUUUUCCUCCAUUCGAACACAAUACAAACAAAUUGUGCCCAAAGACGAAUUGGCCGUCAUUCUUAACCUCAUGGCCAACCAAACCAUCAAGGCACCCCUCUCUCCUGCUCUAACAGACGAUGGUGUCGGUAUCUCGGAAAAAUUCUCCGAUGCCCUCAAAGACAAUGGGGUGCUCCAACUAUUGGCGGCGACGACCCACAAGCGUGGAAAACUCGUCAUGAUGAUUCAUGCCGGCAAUCAAAUUGUUUUCAUGGACUUGAAGACGGCAUCCAUCUUUUCCGUCCCUCACAAGGAAUGCAUUGCCAAGAAAUAUCUCACAAAAUCCAAAAAACACGACAAUGAAUGGCAAGAACAAUCACAGAUUAUUGAAAAACAAGAACUCAUCAAAAAAAUCACCAGUCAUCCCAAACUGGGUGUCACCAAGGUUGCCGAAAAACAAGCACAAGACUACCAGGAUGGAUUGGAAGUCCAAGAAGCCGAAAACGUCAAGAAUCUAUGGGGUGUAUCACUCAAAAAGAGAGAAAAGAAUGUCAAGGGUGAAGAGCUUCUGUUUGUGGACUUGCGUACCGGUGCACUAGGAGAGCUGGCCAGAAAGAAAUUCAUCGAGUUGGGAGCUCUGACACUGGGUACGAAUGAUGAAGGGCAAGAAACCGUGGAACAAGCCGUCACUGACUUUGAAGAUAGAGACGAUAUCGUAUCGGCGGUCCGUCAAGCACUCAAGAUCAAUCUGGAUGCUUGAUGUGGAUCUUCUUGCAAGAAGUAGCUAGCUAUCGCAUCAACUAGCUAGUUUUUCUUUUUUUUGCUGGUUGAACGGUUGAACUUGCCAAUGACGAACAGCCCAAGAGCUAUUAGAUCUAUCUGGUGCUUACCGGCUGCGGAGAUCAUGUACUAGUCUACAAGCGCUUACAGUGUCAGAGCCAGAGCCAGCUAUGAUGCAAAAGUUGAACCAAAGCAACUACCAGGUAGAUCUGCUUGGAUCUUGUCCAAGCAAAAGUGGGAAUCGAAUUGCAAUCCAAAUAAAUGUUGUCGUAGCUACAGUGGGAAUCGAAUUACUCUAGCUACCGGUAGCUAGCCAGUGUAUCACAAGAGCAAAACAGCCCAGCUGCCUGUAGAAGCGUUCUUUCUUCGAUUGAUUUUCCAUGUUGAAGGGAACGCUGCUGAUCGGGAAGAAGCGAGCAUUGCAACAUUGCAACAUUGCAAGCAGACAAGGAAGGCAGAAGAAGUUUGAAGAACGACAGGGAAAACCCACCUUCAGCCAAGCAACGAAAGCUGUCCAACUUCAGUACCUAACAGCUAGCUAGCCAGUAGUCAAUUGCUUGCAAGACCCAGAGCUGGAUUAGAAUGCUGAAGAACUAAUUGGUUCAAGUUUUGGCUUUGCGGAGAUUCUUUCUGGCUGUUUCCCGAGUGUUCCCUUGGGCUGUGGGCUGCGAAGGAGGCUUCUGAGGGCCGGUUCCUCCACAACAGCUCCAGCUACCGUACUUGGUGAUGGUCAGGGUGGUACCGGUAGCUAGCUGAGACCCACCAGUUUUGCAACAGCCUUGUCAACUAGCUACUAGCCACUAACCCCCAGGUCGAUCAACAGCAACUACAAGACCUACCGGUACAGCCUACCGGUACCUGGCACAGGAUGCCACAGCAUACAGCAUGGCAAAGUGGAAGCCAUGGUGGUGGCAAAACCAACAUCAAGCGUACCCAACCAAGAUAUUAUCAUCUUGCUAUCAUCUUCUACUUUGUGGCGGCAAGUGGCCAUUGCGUUGCUCCGAAAGGUUCCCCUUCGCAAGAAACUUUCACAAAUUGGGUGGUGACCAAUCUAAUACAGAGAACGGAAGCAAGCUACCGGUACCGGUACACCGGUACGUCAAGCAAGGGAACGAUGAUUAGUUGCAAUUUGGGAAGUUAAUGUUUUAGGGGCACUCCUUGUCCCCUCUUACCUCACAUGGCCUGUGGGUUGCCGAGUUGCGGCUCAUACGAACCUGAAGAGAGGGAAGUUUGACAAUUAUAUUGAUAACUCGCAACGUGCUGGCUGUGGCUGUGGCUAUGGUACCAGUACUACCGGUACUCAGUCAGUACAUGAACUCUGGAGUCUGGAGCUUUGGAGUAUCUAGCAUCUACGACGUAGCUAGCUAGUAGUAGUGCUUGAGAGCUAUCAAGCCAAUGUAGAGUCUACUCUACUGAUCAGAAUAAGACCUUUCGAAAGU